GAAUACUGCUUGAUCUGUUCUAUCCCUGUGCCCACCCUCUCCCUCACACUGUUCUGCGAUCCAUCGGACGAGCCAGUCUUCAGCAACAGUUUCUGAUGCCAGCAGGGCCAGCCUCCGAACAGCAGCCACGACGCAGCAAGAGGAUCGCCGAUCUCCAACAGCGACAGCAACCUCCAGUUCCACAACCGCCACAGACCAGUACUCAGAUGGCGAACAUGCCACACAGCGGAUCAUCAUCCGAGGGUUCGACGGCUAGUAAUGCCGAACCCUUACCGGUCUGUCCGGUGCAAGUGUCGAAUGAGCCCCUCCCGGACUUCAUUCAGAGAAUGCAGGACUAUACCGCGGCACUUACCCAGGUCAAGGAACAGCAAGAGGCUGCAGCAGCUGAAAGACUACGGAUAGCAGAGGAAGCUGCAGCACAAACCUGGCGUCAAGCCGAGGCAGACCGCUUGGCGAUCGAUCAGCUCAACGCCGGCAGCGCUGAUCUUGUAAGUGCUAACCAAGCACAAUGGACAGCGGUGCUCAACRGGAUGCGUUAUGUCCCGGCACCCGGCAGCGAGCCGACAACAGUACAGCAAGAGAGGCAUGACCUGGCAGAUAUUCUACUCCAUACAAUGCUCGCCGUCAUUUGGAACAGCUCCAUGGGGGAGCUGCAUUCCCGGUCCACACUGCAGCUGCAGCACGAUCUGAGCCACAACGUGAAGAUACUUGCAGCAGCUGUCAAGGUCUCGGACAACCAGUUGAAACAGCUGGAUGCACGCAUUGCUACCUUGGAGGCAAGGCCUCCCCAAGCAGCGCCAGGCUGCACGCCAGAUAUGACAGACACAACGAAGCAGCUCAAUGGGCGCAUCGAUCAUGUCGUCAAUCUCAUCGGCGACAUAGGUGUUUUCAAUGGGCCAGACACGAUCAGUAGCACGGUGGCUGCCAUCAAGACGGACAUCACCAAGCUGCAGACGAAACCGGUCGCCACUACGAAGAAUUACAAGAUGCCGCACUUCGACAUCAGCAAGUUCGACGACCACAACAAGACGGACGCCUUGGCAUGGUGGCAACGUUUCCUCACGGAAGCAUCAUGCCGCACUGUCCCGGACGACUAUCUGAUGAAGGCGUUAUACUUACAGCUGAUUGUAGGAGCGCAGGCAUGGAUGAACCAUCUGGCGGCUACCCACACAUGCACCAUCGCCGAACUUCACACGCACAUUACGUGGAAGGAUUUCGAGAAGCUAUGGUUCACCCGGUUCAUGGUCCGCAACGUCGUGAAGGCGGCCAUGAACGAGGUGUACACCUUCUCUCAAGGGAGUAUGCCAACUCGAGACUGGACAACCAAGUGGCAAAAGAUAGUGACCACGCCAGGCUUCGAUUUGACUUUUCCUAAUCAACGAUCCGAGUUCUUCUCGCGAUCGUGCGCAGGAUUGCAUUCGGCACUCGGUAAUGAGUACGACUAUACCUCGUUCCAGGCUAUCCUGGAUUGCGCAAACGUGGUCAUCCAAACGGACGACAAGGCCGCUAACGAGAAACAAUCCCAGCCGCAUUAUGUGGCUAAGCAGGGCUAUCAACGUCCGGCACAUAACAAUGCCGUGAUUUAUGAAGAAACAAACGAUCUCCACGCUGCAGCAGCAUCCUCGAUUGAUGGAGGAAUUGUAGCAGCGCUCCCGCCGAAGCGUCCCAAGAGAGUUCGGAAGAACAAGGCGACACAAGAGAUGACAUCGACGGGAACUGGGCAGCAGCCAUGGACGGCAUACAAGAUAACCAAGGAAGGAUAUGACCUGCGUCAACGGUACGGAUAUUGCCUAUGGUGCAAUGGUGUCACUCAUGUGACCGCACAAUGCCCCGAAAAGGGCAAGGCACGCAUACCCCUACCAGCUCCGUUGACGGACGACGGAGUAGCGGUUGUCGAUCUCCGUUCGUAUCUUGCGAAGAUUGACCGCGAGUACGCCACCCAAAGGUACGCCGAAACCGACGCGCCUUUGCUCUAUAUCCGCAUUCAAAUCGGGAAGGCAACCUGUAGUGCCUUGAUUGAUUGCGGAGCGUCUCGCAACUUUAUGAGCCAAGCCUUUAUGGCCCGCGCAGGCCUUGGCCCGCGCGUUCGAAGGAAGAUGCAACCCACACAAGUCACACUCGCGGACGACCCCACGCAAAAGUCAAUUGACCGAUGCGUCGACGGCGUUCCGGUAUACUUUGCGCCACUUGCGUGCGAGCCGGUGUCUUUUGACAUCCUCGACACCAAGUUCUACAUGAUUCUAGGCAUGUCUUGGUUGCCUAGCGCCGAUCAUCCGGUGAACUUUCAUGACCGAACCGUUCACAUCCGUGAUCGGAACGGAGUGUUAGUCCCAUGUACGGUCGCGACCCCUCACACUUCGAUUGCUUGUCACGUGGUUUCCGUUGCGAGAAUUCGCGACGCCAUUGCUCGGAAUGACGUCGAGGAGAUGGGCCUUGUAUUCUUGCAUGCUCUCCCCUCGCCGGACGGACCAGCYGCGUCACCGCCGGACCYACGCAUUUCUCACCUCUUGGACGAGUAUAGAGACGUCUUCGAGGCUCCCAYCGGAACGGUUCCGGAUCGGCCCAUACGUCACGGGAUCACUCUCAAGGCUGGCACCGUCCCUCCGCGUGGAUGUAUCUACCGCAUGAGCGAAGAGGAACUYGAGGUGCUUCGCGCACAACUCGAUGACCUUCUCGACAAGGGCUGGAUUCGCCCUAGUUGCUCGCCAUACGGUGCCCCUGUUCUCUUCGUCCGGAAGAAGAACAAAGACCUACGGUUAUGCAUCGAUUAUCGGAAACUUAACGCACAAACCGUAAAGAAUGCCGGCCCUCUCCCUCGGAUUGAUGAUCUUCUUGAGCGGUUAGGCGGCGCGACGUACUUCUCGAAGUUGGACUUGAAGUCAGGUUACCACCAGAUUGAAAUUCAGCCUCAAGACCGGUAUAAGACCGCGUUCAAGACGCGGUGCGGGCAUUUUGAGUGGGUUGUCAUGCCCUUUGGCCUCACCAACGCCCCCGCGACUUUCCAAGCAGCGAUGACGACUGAGUUUCACGACUUGCUCGAUAGCAGCGUCCUCAUCUACCUUGAUGACAUCUUGGUUUAUAGUAGGACGUUGGACGAGCACAUCGUACACCUUCGCGUUGUUCUCGAUCGUUUGCGACUAGCCAAGUACCAAGCGAAUCUUCACAAGUGCGAAUUCGCCAAGCAAGAGCUUGAGUACUUGGGUCAUUUUGUCACGCCGAAAGGCAUUCGUCCCUUAGCGGACAAGAUCCAAGCCAUCGUGGAUUGGCCGGAACCCCGUUGUGCGACAUGUGUACGCUCUUUCAUGGGUUUGGCUGGAUACUAUCAACGAUUUGUCGAGUCAUACUCGAAAGUGGCCGCUCUUUUGUCGAGACUUCAGUCCCCGAAGGUGCCCUUCGAGUUCGACGACGCAGCCCGUGGCGCGUUCACUACGUUGAAGGCAGCGAUGCAAGCCGCACCUGCCCUCCGUAUAUAUGACCCCACCCUUCCCACCCAAGUGACUACGGACGCUUCGGGGUACAGUAUUGGUGCGGUGUUGGAACAUUGUCACGAGGACGGUUGGCAUCCGGUCGAGUACUUCCACCAAAAGGUGCCUCUCGUAAACACUCUCGACGACGUUAGGAAGAAAGAGCUACUCGCGUUCGUCACCGUUCUCAAACGGUGGCGCCACUUUCUUCUCGGCCGUCGGCCAGCAGAAGAGGCCCAAAUUGCUGAGAAGUUGAGGGAGCAGAGAGAAAGGAAGGAGGCAAAGAAAAAGCAAAAGGAGGAGGAUUUGAAAAAGAAGUUAGAAGAAGAGAAAAUAAAAAUGAAGGAAGAAAUGAAGAGGAAGGAGGAGGAAAUGAAAAAACAAAUGGAGGCGGAAGAAGAAGAAGAAGAAGAAGAAGAAGAAGAAGAAGAAGAAGAAGAACGUUUGGUGAGAAGACAAAAGGGUGACGGUGCAGAAAGUGGCCAGGCAAGCCACUUACAAAUCCACCAAGGCGGCGAGGGGGAAUGGAUGGAGAGAUUUGGGUUCCGCAAUGAAAUGCCCGAUGAGGACGAGAAGGAGAAGCAGGAAUUUGAAGCAAGGCUGGAGAAGGCCGAGCCUGAGGAGAGAGGGUUAUUAAUUGCAGAGAGGGAUAACCUCCUCCAUCAGCGGUUGUCAAGUCAAAAGAGGCGGGAGUUUGAAGAAAAGAAAAAGCUGAGGGAGGAGGGAGAAGCGCUCCAGCGAAGGUUGAAAGAGCAGAGGGGCAAGGAGACUGACACAAAGGAGGCUUUGACGCUCGUGACCGACGCCCUGCUGCACACCGCCCAGGAAUUGACCGCACUGCAGAAGACCGUAGGGAAAUUGGAACGGCACCAAGAAAAAUUUAAGGAUACAUGGGACGAUUUCCUCUGCGCAUCCACUCACCGAAUUGACGAUAGGACUGCCAAUUAUGCUCAGCAGUUAGCAGACAUCUUCACCAACAAGCUUGUGAACACCAUCGCAGCAGUAAAGAUAGGUGGCGGUGGUGGAGGAGGAGAUGGUGGAGAUCCGGGGGACGAUGGAAAAGGAGGAGGAGCUCGAAAAGGAGAUGUGAACCGGAACGGGAAUGAACAGCGAACUGAAGAAGGAGAAAGGAGGGAGAAGAUGAAGGUUAAGGUCCCGUGGACCUACAAUGGGAAGAAAGAAGAGAACUUUUUGUGUUGGCAGGCAGCAAUGGACACAUACCUGUAUGCGCAGUUAAUCCCUUGCCACGACCGUGUGUUGAUGGCCAGUUCAUGUCUUGGAGGGGACGCUGCCAACUUCGGCUUAUCCUUGAUAAAGGCAGCAGGUUGCUCGUCGAUGGUAGAGUAUUCCCAACGCAACCGCAUAGAGGACUUUAUGAAAGCUCUCAAGGAAAGGUUCGAGGACAAGAACCUGGCCCGGCAUACAGAGUACCUGAUUCUCAACAUCGGUAAUCGCAGGUGGAAGAGUGUGUCCGCUUUGAAGUCCACAAUAGACGAACUGUUGCAGUGUCCCGAGCACGGGUUGACUCCCACGCAGAUUCUGAACAACUUCGCAAGGGCACUUCCCGAUCCUCUGAAGUCCCAAUUGUACGCCCAGACAAAGGAAGAGGGCAUGACGUAUGAAAAGUUCAGCAAGAUUGCUGUAGACCAGGCCGGUUUCCUUCAAGAAGCAAAUUACUGUCAUUAUUGGAAGGAUUUGCAGAAAGGGAACCGAUGGAAGAACAAGACCAUAUCCGGUAACAUCAAGGGGAAGGGCGGGCUUCUAGUUACAUUUGAGGAGGGGGGAGUGGAGGCUCUACCCUACGAAAACAUAUAUUACGGACUGGAAGACCCGGACAGCAACCAAUUAGCCCAGGGAGGGGACUACGCGGUUGUUGCAGCCCGCGGGGGAGGUCGACAAGGAGGUAGAGGAGGCCGAGGUAGAGGAGGCCGAGGAAGAGGUGGAGGUAGAGGAUGCGACACCCAGGGGAGUAGCAGCGAAGGUAGCUACUACGUGGGAGGUAGGGGUAAUGGCUCCCCGCAAGGUGGACAUGGUUCUCCCUUCACAGGAGGAAGAGGUAGAGGGCGCAAGCCAUGGCCAGCCCAUCCCGGGAUUGCUGAUGGCGAGCCCUGGAAGGAGAUGGGCAUUGACCAGACAGUGUGGCAGAAAAGGCUGUACGCCAAUCAAUGCUUGAAAUGUGGUGAUCCUCAUCACAUUCUAAUUUUGGGAGAUGUAGAGAUUAGUCGGACGCGAGUAGGAGCCUUAGUGGAUAGUGGCUCUACGCGUAGUUUUAUUAGUAGAAGAGGACUGAAGAAGUUGCACUUAGAAACGAAGGUGCGGAAGUUGAGCGAGCCGGUAGCGAGUAGACAGGCCGAUAAUCGUGAGAUGCGUGUGGAGGAAUAUGUCGAGGGGAUCAAGGCAUACUUCCGGUUAGAGGAGGGAAGGAAGGUAGAAAAGGUUUUGCAUUCCCUCACCCUCUUAGUGGAAGGCAACCUUCCCUUUGACUUGAUUUUAGGGACAGACUGGGGAGAAGCAACCAUGGCAGAUGUCAAGAUGGGUGAGCAUGAGUGCUGGCUGCCCAGCCCCACCGGGGGCAAGAAAAAGAUGAGGCUGUUCCAUGAGUCCGGUCUAGAGUCCCACUUAUCCGUUUGCUGUAUGAGUGCCCCUGCAUUCGCCCGACACGUGACAAAGGAAAAGUUGGAAGAUCAGGUCUUUGUGGCCUAUGUGAAACCGGUGAGUGAAGAGAGUAAGGGUGAAGACAAGACGCCGCCCCAAGUGGAGAACCUGCUGCGAGAGUUUGCUGAUGUUGGAGAAGCCCCAACUGGAGUAGUAGAGCGGGACGUCAAGCACCGGAUUGAAAUAGAGCCCGGUAGCAAGAUUCCCAGGGGCCCAGUCUAUAGAAUGUUUCCCAAGGAACUGGAUGAACUGCGCAGGCAACUAGAUGAGCUGAUUGAGAAGGGGUGGAUAAAGCCCAGUUCGUCACCAUACGGUGCACCAGUUCUAUUCGUGCCGAAGAAAGAGGGUGAAUUGCGGUUGUGCAUUGAUUAUCGAGGAUUGAAUGCUAUCACGGUCAAGAAUGCUGAACCGUUGCCCCGGAUUGAUGACCUCUUAGACAGGGUGCAGGGAUGUAAUUAUUUCUCCAAGAUAUAUCUGAAGUCCGGGUACCACCAGGUUGAGGUACAGCCGGAGGACCAGCACAAGACGACCUUUAGGACUCGCUAUGGUCACUACGAGUUUGUUGUGAUGCCGUUUGGGUUGACCAAUGCUCCUGCAACAUUCCAAAGAUGCAUGAAUGAUCUGUUUAGAGAUUGGUUGGAUAAGUUUGUUGUAGUUUAUUUAGAUGAUAUUCUGAUCUUUAGCAAGAGUUUGGAGGAGCAUCAGAAUCAUCUACGUCAGAUAUUGACCAAAUUGCGCGAGUCUAAUUUUAAGAUUAACCCGAAGAAGUGUGAGUGGGCCAAGCGCCAAGUCCUGUAUUUGGGACACGUGGUAGAUGGAGAUGGAGUGAGACCGGAGGACGCCAAGAUAGCAGCAAUUCGUGACUGGCCAACCCCGCACACGUUGACUGAGUUGCGGUCGUUCUUAGGACUGGCCAACUACUACCAGAAGUUUGUUCGUAACUUCACUUCCGUUGCUGCUCCUUUGUGUCGGCUGCUGCGAAAGGAAACUGUUUGGAAUUGGGACAAGGACUGUACAUCAGCCUUCAAGAAGUUGAAGAAGUCCCUUAUCGAGUACCCGGUCCUUAAAGUAGCUGAUCCAUCCUUACUGUUUGUUAUAACUACCGAUGCUAGCCAGUACGGCAUUGGCGCUGUUCUCCAAUAGAAUGAUGGAGAUGGGUACAGACCCGUUGAGUUUAUGUCUUCCAGGCUACCUAGUGACAAGGUAGCAGCAUCAACUUAUGAG